AUGGCGUCUUGCUUGUUAGCUGGCGAGCGAUUUGUACGCGCUCUGGGUCCUGGUGGGGAGCUGGAGCCAGAGCAACUACCCGGGAAGUUGCGGGCAGAGCUUGAGGCCGCGCUAGGGAAGAAGCACAAGGGCGGCAAUCGCCCGGCUCGCCUGGUUUCUUUCCGCCUGAUCCGGGAUCUGCAUCAGUACUUGAGAGAAAGGGGUUCCAAACUAUACCUUCAUGAGCUCCUAGAAGGCAGUGAAAUCUAUCUCCCAGAGGUGGUGAAGCCUCCUCGGAACCCAGAGCUAGUUGCUCGUCUGGAAAAGAUUAAGAUACAGCUGGCCAAUGAGGAAUAUAAGCGGAUCACCCGCAAUGUCACCUGUCAGGAUCCAAGGCAUGGCGGAACUCUCAGUGACCUGGGAAAGCAAGUGAGGUCAGUGAAGGCUCUGGUCAUCACCAUCUUCAACUUCAUUGUCACGGUGGCGGCUGCCUUUGUCUGCACUUACCUUGGAAGCCAGUAUAUCUUCACAGAAAUGACCUCGCGGGUACUGGCUGCCUUGAUCGUGGCCUCUGUGGUGGGUCUGGCCGAGCUCUACGUCAUGGUGCGGGCGAUGGAAGGCGAGUUGGGAGAACUGUAA